AUGCGCUAUUCCACCGUCACCGCCAUUGCUGGCUUCGUUUCAGCUACGGCGGCCGAAUCAUCUCCCCCGCCCGAGUGGGGGAAGCCAGCGCUCCCGGGCCUGUUCCCCUCUUGGCCCUGGUGCGUGCGGGUGCACGAUGUCAAGUCGGGCGACACGUGCUGGGCCAUCGCCGAGACGUACAAGAUCACGGACUGGGACCUGAAGCUGUGGAAUAACUACUUCAUGCUCAGGACGUGCGAUCAGCUCGAGAUCGGCGCCCGGCUCUGCGUGGCCUCGUACAACAUCCCGGACCCAGCCAACGCCCCGCCGCCGCCGCCGCCGCCGCCGACGCAGGCGCCACCCGCGCCCACUCCGCCGCCUAGGCUGACGACGACGCCGCCCGACGACCAAAAGACGUUCCCGUUCACCUUCUGCGGGCGGUGCCCCCACGACAGGAACGACCUGUGCCAGUGCCAGGAGAAGUCCCGUGGGCACAGGGGUAUUUGCAGCUUUUACAGGCCUUGUGACGAGCGAUGCGAUUACAUUGCUCCUUGCUAA